GCAGUUGUCCGCCAACUCCUCCUCAGAGGUAUCUCCUCAGAUCGUCAAUGCGGUCACCAGUCAGCGACAGCGUCGAAGUGCGCAGAGAACCAGCAUUCAGCGGAAUGCGAGUGAAGUCCUUGAGUCUCCACAGUCUGACCAUCAGUCAGAGUCACCGGUCGAGCUCCUUGUUUCUGCGAUCGCGGACUAUGCACGUUUUCAGUGCGAUGUCAGCGAAGUUGACUUCGGAGAAGUGCAGAUAUUUGACGGUCAACGGAGACAAAUAUCUAUCAAGAAUAAGGGUUUCGUUACACUGAAGUUUGCCUUCACACGGCCAGCGUACGACGAGACCAUCGACCAAGCAACUGAUAUUGAUCCUGAGCAGUCGCCAUUCCGGAUUCACUUGGCUGAAGGAUCUGUAUUGCCGGGGGCAACUCUGCAAAUUGAGGUAGACUUCCAUCCCAGGGAGGCCAAAAAGUACAACGAACUCGUCGUCUUACGUGUUGAUAAUGCUAAACCUACCCCAAGCGAAAAAGCGUCCCGCCCCUCAGAAAACUUACAACAGUCGAAAACGAUGGCGGAACCUGCUGAUACGCCAAUCCACCUAAUCGGAGUGGCUGUUGACAGAGUCAUAAAAUUCUCAACAGUAGGCUGCGAUGGUAGUUGGACAGAACUAGACACCAUUUCCCCCCUGCCACUGCAGUCUCCGAAUGCAGACGCACAUUUAAUAGAUAUCAACGCAGUUGGAGCAGGCUCCAGAGCCUCGAGGAGUCUCAUCAUCACGAACACCAGUCAGACAUCCUAUCGCAUCCACUUUCGAGCCGUCAAAAAGGCAGCGGUGAAACUUGAUAAAAUCGUAUCGUUUUCUCCUGCCUCCGCCACAUUGGAAGCCGGAUGCAGUGAACAGGUUGAGGUCACUUUCACUGGACAACUUCAGGAGACCGUUCAGUCAAACUGGGAAGCUCGGAUACCAGAACUCGAUGCGACUUUUCCACUCCUUAUAGUGGGUCGUACCCGGGAACCAAUGGUAACCUUCGACCGAACCAAUUUUACUCUGCCAACUACACUGGUGGGGCACACUGUAUCGUGCACCGAAGUCUGUCUGGUGAAUCGUGAAUCGGACGCCACAUACGAUUUUGCAAUUUCAGACAAAAGUUGUCUGUGUGAUGACCUGAUCAAUCAACUCACGGUAUGCCCCCGCCGAGGUCAGCUUCAACCAGGCGAAAGGCUUCCACUUACAAUCAGUUUCUGUCCCGGACAACCCAGGCGUUUCAAUUUUAAUCUCAUCUGUUGUAUCAAGGGCAAACGACCGAUGCGACUUAAUGUGAAGGCAGAGGCUUUCACCGUGCAGGUCUCUGCUUGGCUGGGUGACGACUACGACAGCCAACGUCGUGAAAUUGACCAUCUCCUCCAGCCCUCCCUUGGAGCGACUGCCGCCAAAGCUACGUUGGCUGUAGUUCGCAAAUUCGAAAGCUUUCCAGCUCUCCGACUCCGUCUAAUCGAUCUGCAAUUCGGAGAAGUUGCUUGCGGCAGUGAACACGUACGCCAAAUCACUCUGAUCAACCAUGGGACCUUUGAGGUCGAAUUUGCCGCCCUAAUUCAUUCGCUACGCCGACCUAUCCAGAAGACCCGGGCUAAAACUCGGCAGUUGAAUAAGUUGACAAAUAACCUCACUCAAAUGGUCUUUAUCGAGCCCUCGAAUGGUCUGAUAGCCGCAGGCGGACGAAUAACUCUCAGCGCACACUUCCGCCCUCAGGACGGCCAGAAGGAUCCUUUCUGUCCACCCAGGCACAUAUUCCUCGACAAUAAUUUGUUUGCUCUAGUUACUGUGAAAGACGGGCCAUCAUUUGGUUUCCACCUCAUGGGUAGUUCGCUGCCACCGCCCAUUGAAAUCUUACCGGACUCGCUAGACUUUGGCAAUCAAUUUGUCACCUCGACGGGCUUCGAGCAUCUUACAUUACCCAUCUUCCUACGUAAUACUGGGGAAACCGAAUCAAUUAGUCUUGAAUACAUACAAACGUCAGAUUCUGCCUUUCACUGUGCCUUUGAGCCCUGUGUUCUGGAGGCAGUCGAUAACCCUGGUCCCGCAACAGCCUUGGUCACCUUUGCGCCGGAUGAAUGCAAGCAGUACCGUGCUAAUGUAUUAUUUCGGGUCAAUGGUGCUACCGUCUACACGAUACCACUGCGGGGUAGAGGUCUG